CAUACAUUUGGAAUAAAAGUCUGCAUCACUGCGCGCGACCCGAGCACAUUCCUGUUUUUAACCAUCAGCCGGAGUCAAAGGCGUCCACGCGCACAAAAACAGGACGCUAUGUCGACGGAAAAACACGGUCUGGAUGACUCUGGUCGUCAGACCAUGCAGCCUCCUCCGUACCUCCCCAGCUGGCAGGACCCCAGCGCGGGCCAACACCCCGGCAUGGCCCCCGCCCCGGGCACCCAGCCCAGCUACCCUCCUCCUCCUCCUCCCCCAGGCUCAGACGGCUACCUCCAGGAAACCCAGUUCCACAGCGGCCCGCUGGGACCUCCUGGGGCACCUCAGGGCUACACUGUCCAGACCCAGGGGCCCGGGGCCAACGUGCCUCACCCACCUGUCGGAUACCUCCACCCGGGCUACCCUCUCCAGCUGCAGCCCUGCACCGCUUACGUACCUGUCUACCCGAUGGCAUCGGGUCAGCCCUACAUGCCAGCUGGAGGAGCCCACGCAGGUAUACCACCAGGCCAGAUUCAUCCCAUGCAAAUGCCCCCGAGCAUCACACUGAUGGACCGCCGGCCGCCGCACGACUACCUGCCCAUCGCUGUCCUCACCACUGUGUGCUGCUUCUGGCCGACGGGCAUCAUCGCCAUCAUCAAAGCUGUGCAGGUGCGUACGGCGAUAGCCAGAGGGGACAUGGUGUCGGCAGAAAUAGCCUCCCGCGAGGCGCGCAACUUCUCCUUCAUCAGCCUGGCCGUCGGCAUCGCCUCCAUCGUGCUGUGCACCAUCCUCACCGUGGUGGUCAUCAUCGCCUCGCAGCACCAUGACGACGACUGGGAGCCGUAGCUCCACGUCGACGGGAAACCGCGGCACGUGUUGUCCAGCUACUGUAACUAUUUGGAGGAAAUAGGAUCUCUGAAAACUCUACUGCUUGCUGGCCCUCUGUGUUCAGCCACACACACACACACACACACACACCACUACUGACCUAACACACACACACACACUCAGUACGUUUACAUGCAUGUUAUAAGUCAGAUUUUAGUCAGAUUAAGACAAUAAUUUAUUUAUUUUUUAAAUAUUAUGUGAACACGUUAGUCCGACUAAAAUCAAGCUAGUCUUAGUCAGACUAACAUACCUGGAUAAUGCGAUUCAUAGUCCGAUUACUCCUGAGUCGAACUUGGCGUUUGGUGCAUGCACUUAAGGGUCUUUGAAUCGGAAGAAGAAAGAGACGACGUAUAAACUCCAGUACUGUUGCCGGAAAUCCUACGGUGUCUUACUUCGGUCAACACAAGAACCACAAGAGACAUGUCCAUCUAAUUUAUAUCAUUAUUAACAUACAGCAGGUACAAAACCACAGCACCGUCCAUAUAAAUGUAUUUUCUGCUCCGCCCUAACCCUGGACUCAUCAUGCUGUCUGAUUGCCUGACUUACAUCAAUUUAAUCCAGCGACAUCCUUAGCUGGAUUAAACUGUGCACGUAAACGCACUGACUGAUCGACUGAUGACCAAAAACACAAACAAUCACAGCUGACAUUCGAAUACCAAAUACAAGCACGGCCCAGUAUUGCUGUUAGCUCACUGACCGCUCAAUAUUUCCACUCAGAUAACAUGAGCUGCAGGACGGAAACAAAGCUGCUUUCACUCACUAUUGAUUCACAUACAGUAUUCUCUGAUGACGUCCCGGUGCGUUCUUAGAAGUUCUGAAGUCAGGAACUCGGAUUUCCAACUCGCAAACAACCUCAACAACCUACAAAUACUGUUGUUUUACUCUUCAUAGCACUUCAGUGUAUUUGUUCGUACACACAGUAGAGCUUCAUUUUUAAUCGUAGAUAUAUUGGCAUAACACACCAUUGUGCAAAUGUAGAGCAUUGUGAUGACACUAGUAUUGCUAACAGUGGCUAACAAUAGCUCGAGAUACAGUGAACACAGAGGGUUCCGAGUUCCGAUGUAAAUGGAACGCAGCAUUAUGCUGUGUUUACACCAGACUAAUUUGAUGACUUGCUAGCUCGUAUUGAGGCCAGGCCAGGAUUUCCCACAGUGGGACAGCUGCGGAGUGUCUGCUCGUUUACUCGUUAAGUAAAUGGUGAGACUCGCCAAGGUGUGUCCCGCUGCAGACGCUGCACACGGUGCACACGGUGCAGACACACAAGGGAUGGAAUACCGUUAUACUUCUGUCUUCUCUUAGGAAAAUACACCGACCUCCGGAAUUAAAAAUGCAGUAAAGUGAUCGUGCUGCGCGUGGUGUGAACACAGCACUAGUGGGAGGACACACACACACACACACACACACACACACACAAGCAGCCAAAGGAGGUGUUUCAGGACAGAGGAAGAUUUUAGUCUGAGACACAUACACAUACACAGGUUUUCCUCUUUAAACACAUUCUAAAAAGUGCCAUGUUUGUCCAGAGCAGUGUUACAGUGUUACAGUGCUACAGUGUUACAGUGCUACAGUGUUACAGUGCUACAGUGCUACAGUGUUACAGUGUUACAGUGCUACAGUGCUACUGUGUUACAGCUGAGAGAAGAGACGGUCGGGUGGAUUGAGGGGCUGAUGUCGCUAACAGACACAUUGACUGACUUGCUUACCACACACGACUCCUGGUUUUUGUGUUACAUGAACAUUUUAGCAGAAUAAUGAUGUUUGUUAAAUGAUCAUUUAAAAUCUUGCAUUUAUUUAUUUUCGAUCAUUUUCCAGUGUACUGCUCGUUUUGAAUUGGCUUAGAUUUGAUAUCAUACAAUAAUGAUGAUGAUGAGGAUGACGAUGCUGAUGAUACAGAUGACAGGAAGUAGCUGCUUAGAUUCAUCGCUCACAUAGUGCAUGAUAAACACAAAUGUAGGCUAAUGAGCUUUUAGUGCCAACAUAAACUGUCUCGCAGCUGUUUUUGGGGGAUAUUUCCACUGGUACAGUAUUUUCCAGAGUGUGGAUUUUUCCAAAUGAGAUCAUUUAAAUGAUAGGUAUUUGAAUCUUGGUUUGACAUAUGUCUUAGCGAGUAGUUUAGAAGCGUAUCGUCGCACAGCUCUUUGCUGUAAAACUGAAACUUUAGUGCAACAUGAGACUUCUGAGGCAGCGCAACCCUGCAUGUCCUCCUCAGUUAGUUUCUAUUUUGUCUUAAAUAUUGAGGCUGUGAGAUCAUGUAAUGUGGUUUCACGUAUGGUUUCCAUACCAUAGCUGUAACAUUACAGUGUUAACUGUUCUGUUAGGUUUCAGGAGUUAAACUGAGAACUGAAAAUGAAUGUUUCCAAAAAAGGGAGGGAGAGAAAAUACUUUUGCCUACUUUCUGCUGAAUGAAAUCAUUUCCUCUCUCUUCCUGUCUUUCUCCUGAUCACAUGACUUAUUGGACCUAUUAACAUAUCUCUUCUGCUCCCUUCCUUCCUUACUUCCUUCCUCUGUUGGUCCCUAUGAUAAUGCUAUUUUUUAAAAAGAAUUAUACAUAUACAGUAUAUUUAAAAAACUAUGUGUUUGACACAAAACACACAUAGACAGUAUGAUGUCUAAUUGUAUUAUUUGACAAACAUUAACUAUUAUUAUUAUUAUUAUUAGUAUGACAUUGUAAUUAUUAUUGAUGUAUAAAGUACAUGAAACACAUCUGGGUUUGUAGUUAUCAAACUGCAAAGAAUUUGACUUUGUUUUACUAAAUUUGAGUAAAAUCGUAAUAGCUUUAUGAGCUAAUAGCUUUAUUAGCUAAUAUCUUUAACUGACAGAUAUAUAUUAUUAUAUUAACACAUCUCUGGACUUAAGGGAUAUCAAAGAUAUUCAUCCAAAAGAAAAACAAGGCAAUCAGAGAUGGCAGACUCACCCCGUUCACUCUGUCGGCCUCUGUUGGUCAUAUUGGCAAACUGCGGAAACACAAACAGACAAAGGGACUCACAGAGCUACUAAAAACAAUACUUCACUUGCACUCUGUGGGAUAGAAAAUAAUAAAAAUAUCUGUAUAUCUGAUAAAAGAGCGCCGUUUAAACAUCUACAGCCUGAUUCACAAAAACUCUUUAGUUAUUCAAAAUCCAUUUAAAAACAAAUAUAAAAGAAUCAGCUGUUUUUGUAAAUUCUUUCAAUUUGAUGGAGGAGCGAAGUUGAUAAUUCACAAUUCAUUUAGUAAAAACCAGUUGUGCAAAUGUAGGCCAUCCUCUCCUAAAUAUGGAGGCAUCGUCUGACAGAUGAAUACACAAUUAUUUUCUGUGUCAAAGACAAGCAAAUACACAUUUAUUCUGUUUCAACACUUCACCUUCAGCAGUUUGACAAAUACAAACCCCAUGCUUAUGUUGUUGACACGUUGAUAUUUGGGCUCAGUGCUGUUGAGUAUUACUAUUAUUCUAAUCGUGUGUGUGCUGAAUAAUAAGAGUCAUGUCCAGCAUAUUUGGUUUAGGCUGCGACUCUCUGUGUGUUUCCUGACAGAGACGUAGAGACAUGUUCUGUACAUGUACAUAUAUAUAUAUAAAUAUAAGUAUAUAUAUGUAUAUACUGUUCACCACACACACACACACAGACACACACACACACACACACACACACACAUUCUUGCGCUGCAUUGUUACUGAGGACACUCAUUCCCUUGCCCCUUACCUUAACCUUAAAGUGGAACUAUAGAGGAUUCUUACCCUCAUUUAACAGCUGUGGAGUCAUUGUUGUGGUUAAACGGCUUGUUGUGGGGAGAUUUGGGGCUGGGCUGUUUCCACUCCCGUUACUGUCUGUUAGCAGAACACAAGGCCGCCGACCCGGGGGAAGCGAGGAAGAGGAAACGACUGUCGGACCGAGUGAGGGUCCAUACACGAGUAAACACUGGACACAGAAGAAUACAAAAGACAUGGGAGUAACAACAGUGAGGAUAAAGCAGUAGACAAUGGUUGGAUGGCUGUUUACGGCCGUGUCAUAAAUUGUACAGUAGGGGGAGCUCUAGAGAAAAAGGAUGAAAAAGCCACCAGACUUUUCUGCUUUUACCAUCACAACUAAAUAAUCCUAAAAGCAGGUAUUGAACCCCAAAAUGUCCUCACGUUCCCAGAAUGUCCUGAUGUUCCCAGAAUGUCCUCAUGUUCCCAGAAUGUCCUGAUGUUCCCAGAAUGUCCUCACUCCCGUGGGUUUAUGGGUCUUUUGGUUCUCACACAGACACACACAGACACAGUGACAGACACAGACACACACAGACACACACAGACACAGAGCUGGGAUGAGUGAUGUGUUUCUUGUUUAGUUCAGCGUGUGCAGGUAAUGCAGUGGGUCGCAGAAACCCACUAAGUGUAAGUGUGCUUCUCUUGAGGUUCAUUAUUCUGACUGUGUUUCAAAUGCUUUGGUUGUUUCCAAGUUUACUUGUUUUAGUAACGAAUAAAGAAUAUGAUUUUUUUGGUGGUGAACGACA